AUGGAAAAUGGAACAUAUUAUAACUUGAUGUUGUUUGAAAAUAUUGGGUACAUAAGAUAUGCUCUCUUCAGUUUGGGAUGUAUUCUAUAUUGUGCUAUCAUAUUUUUUAAUGCCCUUGUUAUUCUUGCAAUAUUUCUGGAAAGGUCAUUACACCAGCCCAUGUACCUUCUGAUUACAAGUCUGUCCAUCAACUCUAUGUAUGGUACUGCUGCCUUUUUCCCAAGGUUACUAACAGACUUGCUAUCUGAUACACACACCAUUUCCCGUGAAGCAUGUCUCUUACAAGCUUUUGUCAUUUACUCGUAUGCGUCAAAUGAGAAUACAAUAUUAAUGUUAAUGGCAUUUGACAGAUUUGUAGCAAUCUGUAAACCUUUACAAUACAACAACAUAAUGACUCCUAGGGUUCUAAUGGUUUUAAUAGCAUUUAGCUGGAUUUAUCCAAUGCUUUGUAUUGGUAUUGCUGCUUUUUUAAAUGCCAGACUGACAGUGUGUGGUAACAAAUUGUUGAAGGUGUACUGCCACAACUGGGAAAUUGUCAAGCUUUCUUGUGCAAACACUUCAGUUAAUAAUGUUUUUGGCUUUUUCAUAGUGACCACAACUGUUAUCAUGCCUUUAUGUUUUAUACUAUUUUCUUAUGUUAAAAUUCUUAUCAUUUGUAAAAGAAGCUCACCAGAGUUCAGGAGCAAAGCUUAUCAAACUUGUGUUCCACACAUAGUGAUCCUUUUAAAUUUCUCAAUUGCCCUUUUUUGUGAGGUCACUUUGAGUCGGUUUGUGAAUGUGGAACUUCCUAUAGGGCUGUCGAUUGUCCUUUCUCUGGAGUUUCUUAUUGUGCCACCGAUUCUCAACCCUCUCGUUUAUGGAUUUAACUUUCCUGAUAUUCGCAAAAAAAUCUUAUGCAUAAUAAAAGCUGUACUGUAA